GCGGUCGUGUGGGUCUUACAAUGCAAGAGAUUAAAUGAAGAGGCACGAGGUAUAAAAUUAAGCUCAUCCAAGAACCACAAAGUUACUUCGCGGAAUAUUUUCAGAGAGUCGUGUAUUCAUUAAACAUAACUGCAUUAUGUUUUAUACUUGACAUCUCCAGGAGUUCAGCGUACACAUUAUUUAUUAUAGGCCUUUUGAAUAACGUCUUAACGCUGACAAAACGGUAGAUACAGUCGGUCAUUAUUGAAAGGGUUAAAAUGGUCUUUAGUAAAUUUUUAGUUCAUUCUGCGGCUUCUAACCGUCUCCUCCCGCCGAAAGCCAUGUCACUUUUACGAUUCCUCCUUCGAAUCUCCACCAAGGCCAACCGUCAGACGGUACUCCUCACCGUAGCCAGCGUCUUCCUGGCCCUCCUUACCGCCUACCGACACACGCUGACGAGGACGAAACACGGCCGUCGACGUCGGCGAUUACCACCGGGUCCGACCAACUACCCGAUCGUCGGGAUCCUACCGUUCCUGGGCAGUGAAGACCCCGGGAAGUCGGUCCUGGAACUGUCCAAGAAGUACGGAACUGUAUUCUAUGGGCGUUUGGGUAACUUUGACGCCAUUUUCCUGAACGAUUAUGAGAGUGUGAGAGAAGCUUUCGCGAAGUCGGGAGACGCAUUCAGCGAUCGGCCAAGGUUCACAACCUUUGAAGCUUGGUCAGGAGGAAGAGGGGUGGUUUGUUGUUAUUACCAAAACCAUUGGAAGGAGCAACGCCGGUUCCUGCUCAAGCUCCUCCGCAACCUCGGCAUGGGGCGAGCCAAUAACAGCCUCGAAGAUCGGAUCCUGCAGGAAGCUGUCCUCUUGACCAGGAGCAUCGGGGAGACCAACGGAGAGAGCUUCGAUCCAAGAAUCCCCAUGACCAUGGCGGUGUCCAACAUCAUCUGCGGCCUUACGUUCGGAAAACGGUUCGACUAUGACAACAAAGAAUUUGAGAAAUUCAUCUGUACCCUAGAAAGGUGUUUCGAAAUGACCGAUAUAGCUGGACCUACGAACUAUUUCACAUUAUUGAAGUACGUGCCUUUCAGCUCCUUAAAAAAAAUGGGCGCUAUGGCCAGGAGUUUGGAGCGUGGUCUCUUCACCCGGGAAAAAGACGCACAUAAACUUAUACUCAACACGAACGACUGCAAGGAUAUGAUCGAUUUCUUUUUGAAAGAAGUGCGUGAGAAUGAGUCUAAGGAAGGACGAGGUGAAGCUCCCAAUUCGUCUUUCAAAGAGGAGUUUUUGCCAUCACUGAUUGGGGAUAUCUUUGCGGCAGGCACCGAUACAUCGGCAUGCGCCAUGUAUUGGGUGAUGCUUUUCUCUAUUAAAUAUCCAAAGUAUCAAAGAAGAGCCCAAGAAGAAUUGGACAGGGUUGUUGGAAGACAUCGCUUGCCGAGGCAAUCCGAUCGACCAAACUUACCCUUCGUCGUUGCGAUGUUAGCCGAAAGUCUCCGAUGCUCCGCCGGAGGUCCCUUCGGUGUUCCUCACGCGGCGGUCGAGGAUACGACUUUCAGAGGUUACGAUGUUCCUAAAGGAACCAUCAUGAUCGCCAACCACUACGCUCUCCUGCACGACCCCGAGGUGUUUGGCGUCGAUACCGAGGUCUUUAACCCUUGUCGUUUCUUUGAUGAUGACGGGACUGUCAUCAAGAGUAUGCAAGACAGGGUUAGCAGUCAAUUUGGAAUAGGCCGACGUGCGUGUCCCGGGGAGCAGCUGGCACAGAGUGAGCGCUUCAUCUUCUUCAGUCAUCUCAUUCAUCAAUUCGACUUUAGCGCACCGGACGGUCCAGAUUCGGUUAGUCUCGACUCACACUUCGGCUUGAGUCGGUCGCCAUUUCCGUACAAACUGCGAGCCGAACGAAGGCCGAUCGACCUUCAGUUGCCAGAUAUCACAUUAUGAAAUAUUCAUAAGGAGCGAUCGGGUGGAACGGUACAGAACUAUUGCCUUUGUGUUCUCUGAAAUUGUCAAAACUAGACGUCUGCCGAAUCUCUACCCCGAUUGCAUUUGUCUGGAAACUUUCUAAAGACCCCUACAUGUAAAGUCAAAUAGAUUAAAUAU